GUUGUUCAACUGCCGUCUCUUUGACACCUCUCUCUCUCUCUCUCUCUCUCUCUCUCUCUCCCUUUAACUUCUCCUUCCUCUUCCACCUUGAUCGAUCGAUGUCGAUCGAUCGAAAUCCCUAAUCGAGCGAGAAGAGGAGAUUGGAAGAAGAAGAAGCAAGGCGGGGGAGAUCUAUGGGUCUGUGCUACGGCAAGAACGUCUCCGUCGCCGAAGGCGGCGACGCCGACAAACGGAGGCAUGGAAAGGGUGGAGAAGUAACGGGUAGCCCCUCGCCAGCCACCCCGGCUAGCAAGAGCCGGACAGGAGGCAUCACCCCUUCCCACUCUUCGACCAGUACCGCCUCCCCCUACCCGCAAGGCUUCGCCAGUCCUCUCCCCGCCGGGGUUUCGCCUUCCCCUGCUAGGUCCACCCCGCGAAGGUUUCUGCGGCCCUUCCCUCCGCCGUCUCCGGCGAAGCACAUAAGGGCCGCCAUCGCGAAGCGGCUGGGCCCGCCGAAGCCGAAGGAAGGGCCGAUCCCUGAGGAUGAGGCGGGAGAGGAGGAGACGCCUCUGGAUAAGAAUUUCGGUUACGGGAAGAACUUCGGGGCGAAGUAUGAGCUUGGGAAGGAAGUAGGAAGGGGACACUUUGGCCACACGUGCUCGGCUACGGCCAAGAAAGGGGAGAUCAAGGGUCAACUUGUCGCCGUCAAGAUUAUCUCCAAAGCUAAGAUGACAACACCAAUAUCGAUUGAAGACGUUCGUAGAGAGGUCAAAAUCCUCAAAGCCUUGUCCAACCAUAAUAAUCUUGUCAAAUUUUAUGAUGCAUGUGAGGAUGCACUUAACGUCUACGUAGUCAUGGAACUAUGUGAAGGUGGAGAAUUAUUAGAAAGAAUUUUAUCCAGAGGUGGAAGGUACUCAGAGGAGGAUGCAAAAGCUAUAGUUAUUCAAAUACUGAGUGUAAUUGCCUUUUGUCAUCUUCAAGGUGUUGUGCAUCGUGAUUUAAAGCCAGAGAAUUUUCUUUUCACCACCAGAGAUGAAAAUGCUCAGAUGAAGUUGAUUGAUUUUGGUCUUUCCGAUUUUGUUAAACCAGAUGAAAGACUUAAUGACAUUGUGGGAAGUGCAUACUAUGUUGCCCCUGAAGUUCUACAUAGAUCAUAUAGCAUGGAGGCAGAUAUAUGGAGUAUUGGUGUUAUAACAUAUAUCUUGUUAUGUGGUAGUAGGCCUUUUUGGGCACGGACAGAAUCAGGAAUUUUCCGUGCUGUCUUGAGAGCUGAUCCCAACUUUGUGGAUUCUCCUUGGCCUGAUGUGUCUCCAGAAGCUAAGGAUUUUGUUAAAAGACUUCUGAACAAGGACUACAGAAAAAGAAUGACAGCUGCCCAAUCUUUAACACACCCUUGGUUGCGAGAUGAGCACUGUCAAGUUCCUCUGGAUAUACUAAUAUUUAAGUUAGUGAAGUCAUAUCUCCGUGCUACACCUCUAAAACGAGCUGCUUUGAAGGCGCUAUCCAAAGCCCUAACAGAGGAUCAGCUGUUUUAUCUAAGAUCACAGUUUAAGCUGUUAGCACCAAACGGAGAAGGUCACAUAUCGUUCGACAACUUUCGAAUGGCCCUAUUGCAAAAUGCAACAGAGGCAAUGAAGGAGAGUAAGGUUAUUGAUAUCUUAAAUGUGUUGGAGCCACUCUCGUACAGAAAGAUGGACUUUGAAGAAUUCUGUGCUGCUGCAAUCAGUCCCCAUCACCUCGAGGCCUUGGAUGGGUGGGAACAAAUGACAAGUACGGCUUUUGAGCACUUCGAGCGGGAGGGGAACCGAGCCAUCACCGUUAAGGAACUAGCUCAGGAAUUGAGCCUUCCGGCAACAAACUAUUCAGUUCUGAGAAGUUGGAUUCGACCUGAGGAUUGCAAAUUCAAUUUCCUCGGAUACACCCGAUAUUUACACGGUGUCACAAUACGCAGUGCAAACACACGGCAUCGGUAGAUUUCGCAACUUCUGAUGAUGUUUUUACUGAUAUUGACCCCUCACAACUUCUAAACAUGCCAUCGUUACUACAUUGUUUUUUUUUUCUAAGUGUUUAUUUGUUAAUAUAUUACAUAAUAACUUAUGUAAAGAAUUUACACGUGUUAAGAUAAAAUUUCAAAUGAAAGAAAGGUUAAAGUGAAGUUGUUAAGACA